CACAAAGAGGUUUGGCAAUAAUGGCUAAGGCUAUCAAGAGAAUCCUUCCAAAACAUAAAGACGAAGAGAUAAAAGGAGAUGAAGCAGCACAACCAAAAGUAGAAGUAGAAGAAGCAGAAGAAGCUCCAAUCCAUGGAGAUGUGUUGGAGACGAUGAUCCUCACCCGCCUGACGUUGCUGGACCUGGUGGCAGCGUCUCGAGUCUCCAAGGCGUGGCGAGGCUCCGUCUCCACUUCCCUCCACAUCUCUCCUCGUCUCAAGCCCUGGUUCAUAGUCUACGCCUUUCACCACCGCAAUCAUUCCCUCACCUCCGCCUUCGCCUUUGAUCCUUCCUCUCGCGUUUGGCUUCGCAUCCAAAACACCCACUUCACCACCACAACCAGCGGCGCAAUCCGAUCCUCCGACUCCCAAUACCUACUCUACUCACUCUCCACCACUGGAUUCUCCUUCUCCUUCGACCCCUUCCACCUGACUUGGCACCAUGUGGAAGCGCCACUUGUGUGGCGCGAAAACCCCAUCGUCGCACACCUCGGCUCCCGCAUCUUUGUCGCCGGUGGCACCUACGACUUAAUCGACGACCCACUCGCCGUCGAAAUGUACAACAUCGGGUCCGGGAGAUGGGAGACGUGUCAGUCCAUGCCGUUCUUGCUCAAGGACUCCGCCACCAGCACUUGGAUCUCCACUGCCGCCACCGACAGCAAACUCUACCUACUGGAGAAGCGCUCCCUUCUCAUCUGCUCCUUCGAUGCGGAGACCAAGACAUGGGGAGACACCUUUAAUCUCAAUCUGAUCUCCAACCCCACACACAUUAAUCCACCUGUGCCUGUGUUUCAGUCCACCAUCGGCUUCGUCGACGACCGGCUAAUCGUGGUAGGGUUGAUGGGGGAUCCCGAGGACUUGCAAGGCCUGGGGCUCUGGGAAGUGGACCAACACACCUACGAGUGUAGGCCGAUCGGAGAGAUGCCGCCGGAGAUGGUGGAGAAGCUGAGGAAGGCGAACUCGCCGCUCUCGACCAUGCAUGCGUCGAUGGAAGGUGGUUCCAUUUACAUCUACGAUCCUCGGAAUCCGGAACAGAUAUUCUUCUGCGAAUGCGAAUUGAAGAAGAAGGAGGGAAUCCACGAAUGGGGAUGCGUUGUGAAUCCAAUGUUGAAUUAUCGGAACCGGAUGCAGAGAUUCGUGUUCACGUGUUCCAGAAUCAUGAUGCGUGACAUUCAAAAGGCUGUGGCCACUGGAAGCCGUACAUUCACGAUAGAAACUGACGGAGAUGAGAAUGGAUUAUCUGCACGCACGUGCAGAUGA